CGUCACUCCGGCGCUCUCCAUUGUCCACACACGUACCAUGCUGCUAACAGGAGCUCUGCCUCUGUCCUUGAAGUAAACACCAGCAACAAAUGGACCGCAGUUUGAAGCGACGGCAGGUGAAGCCCCUGGCUGCCUCUCUCCUGGAUGCCUUGGACUACGACAGCUCGGACGACAGUGACUUUGAAGUCGGAGAUGCCUCAGGGUCGGACGGCACAGGCAACGGCAGUGACGAGGAGGGGUCCAAAGCGAGCGCCGCGGGUUCAGAGAGCGACUCGGACAACGCUCCUUCAGCAGACGAUGGUAUCGACGAGGAGGAAGCCAAAGACCUGGCUGCUGAGGACAACCUGACUGAGGACGAAGAGAAGAGCAAGCAGCAGCCGUCAUCAGACAGCUCCACCAAAGACACCCCCGCCGUCACCCCGCCCAAAGGCAGGCGCAAGAGCAAGAAGGCGCCGGCGCCGGAGCCGGAGCCCGCUGGAGCUGCAGGAACCGAGUCCACACCAACAUCUGCGUCUGGCACCACCAACGCUGAAGAGUCUCAGGCUGAGCCCAAGAAAUGGAACUUCCGCAGAAACCGGCCCCUGCUGGACUUCACCACGAUGGAGGAGCUGAACGAGAUGGACGACUAUGACAGCGAGGACGACAACGACUGGAGGCCGACGGCAGGGAAGAAGAAAGGCAAAGCAGCUGCCCAGAAAGGAGGCACGGAGGAAGAAGAAGGUGCCAGCGCCAGUGACGACGACGACGACGACAACGACGAGGACGAGGACGACGAUGAUGACGAAGAUGAAAAGGAAGACGGCGAAGACAACAACAACAGCAGCAGUGACAGUGACAAGGAGGUGAAGAAGCCCAAGAAGAAGACCAAGAGCAGCACGACCUUUGAUGACGAGCUGACCAAUGACAGCAUGUCCCAGGGAAAGGGCAACGAGGACGCUCUGCUGGACCGGUCCCAGACCUGGAGCACUCAGCACAUCCUCAUCUGCUGCGUUUGUCUGGGAGACAACAGCGAGGACGCCGAUGAGAUCAUCCAGUGUGACAACUGCGGGGUGACCGUGCACGAAGGCUGUUACGGCGUGGACGGCGAGAGCGACUCAAUUAUGAGCUCGGCGUCAGAGAACUCGACCGAGCCUUGGUUCUGCGACGCCUGUAAGAACGGCGUGACUCCCAGCUGCGAGCUGUGCCCCAACCAGGAUGGCAUCUUCAAAGAGACAGACGCCGGGAGGUGGGUGCAUGUGGUGUGUGCGCUCUACGUUCCUGGAGUGGCGUUCGGAGACAUCGAUAAGCUACGACCGGUGACGCUCACGGAGAUGAAUUAUUCAAAAUACGGGGCCAAGGAGUGCAGUUUCUGUGAGGAUUCCCGCUUUGCCAGGACCGGCGUGUGCAUCAGCUGUGAUGCAGGAAUGUGUCGCUCCUACUUCCACGUCACCUGUGCUCAGAGAGAGGGACUGCUGUCUGAAGCUGCAGCAGAGGAGGACAUCGCUGAUCCAUUUUUCGCGUACUGCAAACAGCAUGCAGACCGCUUUGACAGGAAGUGGAAGAGGAAGAACUACCUGGCCUUGCAGUCCUACUGUAAGGUCUCUCUGCAAGAAAGAGAGAAACAGCUCACUCCUGAAGCUCAGGCCCGGAUCACCACCCGCCUUCAGCAGUACCGGGCCAAAGCAGAGCUGUCAAGGAACACCAGGCCCCAAGCGUGGGUGCCCCGGGAGAAGCUGCCGCGACCUCUGACCUCCAGUGCUUCAGCCAUCAGGAAGCUGAUGAGGAAGGCAGAGCUGAUGGGCAUCAGCACCGACAUCUUCCCCGUGGACACGUCUGACGCCAACGCCAGCAUGGAUGGGCGCAGGAAGCACAAGCAGCCCGCGCUCACAGCGGACUUUGUCAACUACUACCUGGAGCGGAACAUGCGAAUGAUCCAGAUCCAGGACAACAUCUCCGAGCAGAAGAGCCUAAAAGACAAGCUGGAGAACGAGCAAGAAAAACUGCAUGUGGAGUACAACAAGCUCUGUGAGUUCCUGGAGGAGCUGCUGAAUGUGAAUGGAGAGCUGCGAGGCGAAGGCCAGGCCAUGUGGACUCUGCUGGGGGGCAUCCUGGGCCAGAAACUAAACACUCCAGCGAUCCUGAAAGCCCCAAAAGAGAGGAAACCGAGCAAGAAGGAAGGAGGAACUCCAGGGAAGUCCUCCAGCCUGCCAGCGAUCCUCUACAGCUGUGGCAUCUGUAAGAAGAACCAGGACCAACAUCUGCUGGUGCUGUGUGACACAUGCAAGCUCUACUACCACCUGGGCUGCCUGGAACCGCCUCUGACCCGGAUGCCCAAGAAGACCAAGAACAGCUACUGGCAAUGCUCCGAGUGCGACCAGGCCAGCAGCGACGAAGCUGACAUCGCCAUGGAGACGUUACCCGACGGAACCAAGAGGUCCAGGAGGCAGAUCAAAGGACCAAUCAAGUUCAUUCCACAGGAGAUGUCUCCAGAGCCCAAGAAACAUCAAGUGAGAGGCACGAGAACCAGAGGGCAGAAGAGGAAGAGGGUUCCAAUCUGUGAAGACAGAGAAGAUAAAAUCGAGGAACCACUGCCAAGGGAACGCCGGCAGCGCCAGUCUGCAGUGCAGAAGAAACCCAAAGCAGACGAUACCAGGACCGAGUGUACAACCUGCAAAGGACCCGGCGACAACGAGAACCUUGUGAGGUUGUGAGAGCCGGGGCAGCCACCUCACCUCCCAUAAAAACUCGGGACAGAUGACCGUUGGCUUAGAGACAGAGACAAAUUGAGGCGUUUGAAGAAUGGCGCUCGAGUCAGACUGAAGAACCAGACCGCCACGCCGUCCCACAACCACCUCUGAUCCAAACUGGACCAGCAACUGUCCAACGAAAAUUGAGCAGAACUGUCUGAAUCUAAAACAUGGAACCUAAAUGCUGAUCUGGUUGAAGCCGGUUUGAUUUUAUUGAUUAACUGUGACUCGGUUGGUUCCUUCUGUGACCAGCUGUGAUUACAGUCGUCUCAAUGCAAGUUUGACCAAGUAAGAGAUCUGUGUGUGUUCAUACAAUCCAUGUGUUUGGGCUCAUAUAGUACUAUACAUAUAGUACUGUACAUAUAGUAGUACAAGACCUCUGAGUCCUUAAAGAUCCCAUGAAAUGGUGUCACUGCUUCUUUAUUUGAUUUACUGCCUUUACAAGCUGAAUGUUCUGGAUGGAUAUCAGUCAUCGAAGCAUUCAUCAGUUAUGAGGUUUAGUCUGAUUGGACAGCCACGGUGGCUCUGUGAACGUCUUAGAUGAACUUAUUGGUUUAGUAUAUCAUCACAGAUAAUAAACAUGAACACCUCUGAAGAACCAGCGUUCCUGGAAGCUCCAGUGCCCAUUUCAUGGAGUCUUUAAGGUCAUGUUCAGAUUAGACCUUCAUGGAAAGCCGGCGAGCUUUCUAAACCCCACAUGGCUGCUGGAUAAGUUCGACCCUCCACCCUGUAGGAGAUGCUUCACCUUUAGCAACAGCUUAUUUUUGCAUCUUCUGACUUUGGAUCCAUCCCCAUAGUCCUCUCUCUGCCUCUAGGGACUCACCUGCAGCUCAUCUAUAGAGCAGUUCUAGUAGAUUGUCAGACUCUUUUUUUUCUGAGGGGGUGGGGUUCUCGGCUGCUGCUCUGCCCUUUGGGCUUCCCUCUAUGACUUCUCAUCAGUACCAAUCAGAGCUAUUGAUCGGAGUCAUUGCCACUCAGUCACUCUGAGCAGUUCAGUGUAAAUUUGGUUCAUUACAGAUGCAGUUCAGCCUCGGCUUUCCGAGACUUGAGUGUUGUGUUGUGUUUUUUAGGUAAACAGAAGGCCAGAAAUAUUAAGAAAAGUCAUCGUUGUGUAUCCAACAUGCCGACUGUCUCUAGUGUAUAAGCACAGCGGUACAGUGAUGCUACCAUGAAGUAUGUGUAGUCCAGACUAUCGUAGUUAGCAGUGAUAGCACCUAAAUAUUAGUCCAGAUGUCUGUAGUGUCCGUAGAUAUUUAGAAGUCUUCCCUUGUCCUCAUGCAUCCUACAGUGACAGUUAAACUGACUGGUCAUCAGAACAAAGCCCAGCUCCAUCUCCCCGUCCCUGGUGGACCACAGUGCUGUCAAAACAACAGCUGCUUGCUCUUCUGUCAGGACUCAUGACAAGUGUGGUACUCUGCCCUCAUGUGUCACUCUGCUGCCCGUCCAGGGCCUGUAUGCAUGCUUCUGGGAGCAGUCAGAACCAUGCAGUUCACUGCUUUCUGCCUCUCCGGGCUGGGCCAAACAGCGGGUUGGGCUGUGGGUGCAGAAUGACCUGCUGACUCCUGACAGUCGUUUCCCUUCACGUCCAGUCAGUCUCCAAGACGAUGCGUCAUUCUUACAGUGCAUGGCUAUAUCUAUUUACCCAGACCUGUACAGUAGUUUAAGCUGAAUAACGGUGAUGUAGUCCUGUAUAAAUGAUUGCUAGGUAGCUCUGUAGUGUGAUGAUGUGUACAGUAUUUAUUGAAGAGGUCCAGCAUUCUCGUCUUUUCGUUCCGUGCCUACAUACUUGAGUAAACAUGAGCUCGUGUUGUGACCAGAGUUGAACUCUGAUUGGUGGUGGCGUCCUGAACCGACCACCACGUUUUCUUUUAUUUGCCAAAUAUUUGUUUACAUUUGUUUACAGAUAUGCUUUUAAGGAACUGUUCUGACCAGUUGUGUUCUGUAUUACUGUGACUGUGUAGGAAGUAAGAAUGUGAACGUUGCUGCUCUUGUGUAUGUGAUGUGUCCCAGCCUCUGGCCUGUAGCUCUUGAAAAUUAAGCAGAGCUUUAAUAAACUCUUGACUUUUUCACCUUA